UUUUCCUCUCCCUUGCCCAUUUGCUUCAGCGACUGGUCAAAAGCUUGAAACCCUUCACUCCAUCGUCCUUUCUUUCUUGCCCUCCCUUCGCUCACUCCCCUUGCCGUCCCUUGCUGUCCAGUCUAUUUUCGGCGUUCGCGUAGGUGAGAUUCAUCACUGCUCCGUCAAUUGUGGCUCCUUCGUCCUCCUCGGUUUCACAGUACCGAAGCCUUUCUUUCUCCCUGUCAUCCGUUUCUCAUCCGAGUGCCGCAGUGGCGCUGAAGAUUCUUCCCUCUUCUCCGCCGUCGACUGUGAGUUGGGUGGAGCUCGUCUUUUCUUCCUCUUCCGUGUUCGACGUCCAUCUCUGCUCUUCUGUCUCUGUUCUUGCUGUGGUGUGGGGCGUCGGAUGUUCUCCUUAUUUGUCCUCCCCUGUUGAACGCCGCAGACUUCCCCUCUCUUCUGUUUCGCUGUGAUCGAGUUGAGGUGAGGAGCCCCACAUUCUUCAUCUUCUCGCUGACGUGAUGGAAGAAGUUUGUUUAAAUAGUGGGCCAAUUUUUUAUGAAUGUGAUGAGUUUGAUGUUGAGAACUCUUCUGUAUCAGAGCAUGAUCAGGAAUCCUUGGACCCAAGAUCAAAGAACCAUCCACCUCCAACUGUGGGUCUGGAGUUUGAUUCUUUUGAAGAAGCUUACAACUUUUACAAUGUUUAUGCUAAAGAACAAGGUUUUGGCAUUAGAGUGAGCAACUCAUGGUUUAGAUCAAGGAGAAAAGAGCGAUAUAGAGCAAAACUCAGCUGCAGUAGUGCUGGUUUCAAGAAAAAGAGUGAAGCCCAUAAUCCAAGACCAGAAACAAGAACUGGUUGCCCUGCAAUGAUAGUCAUUAGGAUGGUGGACUCCAAAAUAUGGAGGAUAGUGGAAGUUGAACUGCAACACAACCAUCAAGUGAAUCCAGGAAUUAAACGGUUCUACAAGUCACAUAAGAAAAUGAUACUUGCAGCCAGAGAAGCACAACCACCACCAGAUCCUAUUACAGAAAUACAUACCAUUAAAUUGUAUCGAACAGCUGUCAUGGAUGCUGGUUAUUAUAGAUUCUCCAAUUUUGUUGAAGGACAGGAGAUGAACUUCGAUAAUUUGAAAUAUUUGGAACUUAAAGAAGGGGAUGGCCAUGCUAUUUAUAAUUAUUUUUGCCGAAUGAAACUGACAAACCCAGAUUUCUUUUACUUAUUUGAUAUUGAUGAUGAUGGGCACCUAAGAAAUGUGUUUUGGGCUGAUGCCAGGUCAAGGGUGUCUUACAGUUACUUUAAUGACAUUGUUAUUAUAGAUACAACUUGUUUGGCAAACAAAUAUGAGAUCCCUCUGAUAUCAUUUGUUGGCGUAAGCAACCAUGGACAGUCAGUGCUACUGGGCUGUGGCUUCCUUGGGUAUGAAAAGGUUGAUUAUUUUGUUUGGAUAUUUAAUGCAUGGCUAAAAUGUAUGCUUGGUUGCCCACCACAUGUUGUUAUUACUGACCAGUGCAAGCCCUUGCAAAGUGCAGUUGCUCAGGUUUUUCCUCAUGCUCGUCAUUGUUAUUCUUUGCAGUAUAUCAUGCAGAGAGUUCCUGAAAAGUUGGGCGGGUUGAAGGGAUAUGAAACAAUCAAAAGGCAACUGAAUAGGGCAGUUUAUGAGUCCUUAAAGAUAGUCGAAUUUGAAAAUUAUUGGGCUGAUAUGAUGAAGCAGCAUGGAUUGGGGGAUAAUAAAUGGCUUCAAAUAUUGUAUAACGAUAAGCAUCUGUGGGUUCCGGUUUACCUCAAAGACACUUUUUUUGCAGGAGUGGUCCCUACAAAAGAGAAUGAGGGCUUGAUUGCAUAUUUUGAUGGAUAUGUACACAAGCAUACAUCCUUCAAGGAAUUCAUUGAUAAGUAUGAUCUAGCUCUACAUAGGAAGAACUUGAAAGAAGCCACGGCAGAGUUGGAGUCAAGGGAAUCAAGUGUUGUUUUGAAUACAAGAUGUAAUUUUGAACUGCAGUUAUCAAAGUUGUACACAAAAGAAAUCUUUAGAAAAUUCCAGUCUGAGGUUGUGGGCAUGUACUCCUGCUUCAAUACAAGACAGGUAAAUGUUAAUGGAUCUAUAAUAACAUAUAUAGUGAAAGAACGAGUUGAAAAUGGGGGAAAGGAGGAGGUUAAAAAAUUUGAAGUCUUGUAUGAGGCAAAUGAACCAGACAUUCGGUGUAUCUGCGGUUUGUUCAAUUACAAAGGUUAUCUAUGUAGGCAUGCACUGAAUGUUCUCAAUUAUACUGGUGUGGAGGAAGUCCCAUCUCGGUACAUUCUGCAGCGUUGGAAAAAAGAUUUCAAACAAAAGUUCGUUCACGAUCAUGUCUCUAGUAACGUUGAUACAUACAGCCCUGUUGAUUGGCAUAAACAACUUUUUCAUAAUGCCCUUUCAGUGCUAGAAGAAGGGGCACAAUCGCUAGAGCAUUACAUGAUUGCUUUACUAGAAUUGGAAGAGUUGUUAAAAAAGUUUGAUCUGCUGGAGAAUAACUCAUUGUAACAAUUUACACAAGGUUCUCAAUCAAACAAUGCUACUUCAACUGUGGCUGUGUUCUCAGUCUUCGUAAUCCCUAUAUCUUGUUUACACCAUACAUUAACAAUCCUAGUACUGUUUGAUCUAAUUUUAUAUUUGGGGCCAACUAAUGGUCUUAUUUCA